GGAACAUUUCGGGGCUACGAAAGGGAAUUCUUGACGGUCAUGACCGACUUGAAAAUACUAUUUAAGGCAUUGUGGGCCACUUUGUUGUUGCAAGUGUAGAUUCUCAUAACUCAACUCAGCUUUUCACACUUUGAAUUGCAGCUUCUAACCUAGCUCCCAGUGCAUAUCAGCUACCAAAAACAUGUCUUCGCCGCCAACUUACGAGAGUUUCAACCCAGGCAACGACCUUCCUUCAUUGGCGGGAAAGGUGGUUCUCGUCACAGGAGGAACCGCAGGUCUCGGCAAAGCUUCCAUAGAGACACUCGCCAAACAUGGCCCAGCCCACAUCUACUUCACCGGUCGCAACGUCGACGCAGCCAACUCCCUCAUCGCCAACGUAAAAAAGGUUGCCCCCUCAGUCUCACUUACAUUCCUCGAAAUGGAUUUCAGUUCUCUAGCCUCGGUGAAAGAAGCCUGCAGCAAGUUCGUCCACGACCGUCUCGAUAUUCUGAUGUGCAAUGCUGGCAUCAUGGCCGUGCCGCCGGGGCUCAGCAAAGACGGCUACGAGACUCAGUUCGCCACCAACCACCUUGCUCAUGCUAUGGUCAUCAAACAGCUUCUACCAGUUAUGCUGCGCACUGCCGAACUACCGGAAUCAGACGUGCGGAUUUUGUCUCUGACCUCGUUGGGCUGGAAGGCCCAUCCGAAGAGUGGUAUGAUCUUCUCCGACUUGGAAACGCCACAGGAAUCUAUACUGGGCAACUGGUUGAGAUACGGACAAAGCAAGCUAGCCAACAUCAUCUAUGCCGCCGAGCUCGCGAGGCGCCACCCGAGCUUGAAAACCGUGUCUGUCCAUCCAGGGGUCGUCGAGACGGGCCUUGUUACGAACCUGCCAAAGUGGACUCAGAGGGCUGUCUGCAUAAUCAAUGCUCUUCAGGGGGUCACCCUCAUCAAGCCGGAACAGGGCUGUUUCAACCAGGUUUGGUUAGCUGCUGGGGUCAAACAGAGCGAAUUGGUGAAUGGGGCGUUCUACUUGCCUAUUGGCAUUCUGGCUAAUGAUAAGCUGAACGAUACCGCUAUGAGCGAGAAGUUGGCCAUGGACUUGUGGGAUUUUACUGAGAAGGCUUUGGAUCAGUUUUGAGGACUUUUGCAUUAAACGGUGGUUCUUUUGUAUUUCAAUGCUAUAUGCAUUUGGCUCUAUAGACUAUAGAUUCUACUUCACUUCUCAUCUUAGCAUCUGUGUUAUAUUUUCAAGAAUUACACGGAAUGCUGUGGUAAGCUUAGCGUGGACAUAGAUUGGGAAAUACUUUGUUUCUAACAGUGCAGACAAGUCUAGGGCGCUGCAUUUAUUGUAUAUCGUGAGAUCCGGA